GAGAGAGAGAGAGAGAGAGAGAGGAGAGGAGAGUAGAUCGAGAUGGGGGGAUUUGGGAGGAAGGGGUACGAGUUCCUCUCCGAGCUCGGCCUGGGGCCCCGCAACCCCGGAUGCUACGUGAACGGAGCUUGGACUGGCGGCGGACCAGUCGUCGCCUCCCUCAACCCCGCCGACAACCAGGUGAUCGCGGAGGUGAUGGAGGCGUCGAUUCAGGAUUACGAGGAGGGUUUGCGGGCUUGCGCGGAGGCCGCCAAGAUAUGGAUGCAGGUUCCAGCUCCCAAAAGGGGAGAAAUUGUUAGACAGAUUGGUGAAGCAUUAAGAGGAAAGCUCCAAUACCUUGGUAGGCUUGUCUCGCUUGAGAUGGGGAAAAUUCUUCCUGAAGGGAUUGGAGAAGUUCAAGAAAUUAUUGACAUGUGUGACUAUGCUGUUGGGUUAAGUCGGCAGCUAAAUGGAUCUGUCAUACCAUCGGAACGUCCCAAUCAUAUGAUGCUGGAGGUGUGGAAUCCUCUUGGAAUAGUGGGUGUCAUUACUGCUUUCAAUUUCCCAUGUGCGGUGCUCGGAUGGAAUGCUUGCAUCGCACUGGUCUGUGGCAACUGUGUUGUUUGGAAAGGUGCUCCAACAACCCCGUUGGUCACUAUUGCAAUGACUGAGAUAGUUGCCGGAGUUAUAGAGAAGAACAAUUUACCAGGUGCAAUUUUCACGUCAUUUUGUGGAGGCGCUGAAAUUGGUGAAGCAAUAGCUUGUGACACACGGAUACCUCUAGUCUCAUUCACUGGAAGCUCCAAGGUUGGGCUGAUGGUUCAACAGAAUGUCAAUAGAAGAUUUGGUAAAUGCCUGCUUGAACUUAGUGGAAAUAAUGCUAUAAUUGUCAUGGAUGAUGCCGACAUUCAGCUAGCUGUACGUUCUGUUCUGUUUGCUGCUGUUGGUACAGCUGGACAACGGUGCACCACAUGUCGUAGGCUGCUUGUCCAUGAAAGUAUAUAUCACACUGUACUUGAUCGACUGGUUGAAGUAUAUAAGCAAGUCAAAAUUGGGGAUCCGUUGGAGAAAGGAACCUUACUGGGGCCAUUACACACUCCUACCUCAAAGGAAAACUUUGUGAAAGGUAUCCAAGCCAUCAAAGAACAGGGUGGGAAAUUUCUCUUUGGAGGGUCUGUUGUUGAAUCUGAGGGAAACUUUGUUCAACCUGCAAUUGUUGAGAUUUCAUCAAAUGCACCAGUAGUUAAAGAGGAGUUGUUUGGUCCUGUCCUGUAUGUAAUGAAAUUCCAGACUCUAAACGAGGCAAUUGAAAUAAACAACUCAGUUCCUCAAGGACUGAGCAGUUCUAUAUUCACACGAAGACCUGAAGUUAUCUUCAAGUGGAUUGGGCCUCAUGGUAGCGACUGUGGUAUCGUAAAUGUAAACAUACCAACUAAUGGUGCUGAAAUCGGUGGAGCUUUUGGUGGUGAAAAGGCUACUGGUGGGGGGCGAGAAGCAGGAAGUGAUUCAUGGAAGCAGUAUAUGCGACGUGCAACCUGCACAAUCAACUAUGGCAGUGAACUGCCCUUGGCACAAGGAAUAAACUUCGGAUAGUUUCUGACUCAAAGCGCGAUCAUCCACAUCAUUAAGAAGUUUCUGAUGAUACCUCCUUAUACAGUUACUAGCAGUAGAUAAGUAAGCCUUGUGGCUUGUGACUGGGACAUGACACUCGGUGAAAUGAAUUUUUGAUUCGAAUAAAAAUGAAGUCCUCAUUUUUGUUGA